AUGAAGUAUUCACUGUGGAGCCUGUUGUUCUGCACCUCUCUGCUGCUCUCUGAUGUUCUGGCCACUUAUCACCUCAGUGCUGUGGAUCCUCAGGUGGUCGCUGCACAGAGCUACGCUCAGACCAGAAACAAUGGUCGACCACCGACCAGGACCCUGAAUCCAGCAAAGACGGACUCCCAGUGCAGGAGCCGCCUCCUGGACCUGGUCUUCAUCAUCGACAGCUCUCGCAGCGUUCGUCCUGGUGAGUUUGAGAAGGUCAAGAUCUUCCUGGCUGACAUGGUGGACACUCUGGACGUGGGCCCGGACGCCACCAGAGUGGCUGUGGUCAACUACGCCAGCACCGUCAAGAUCGAGUUCCUGCUCAAAGACCACUUCAACAAACCUGACAUGAAGAAAGCCAUCUCCCGAAUCGGGCCCUUGGCGGCAGGGACCAUGACCGGCCUCGCCAUCAAAUCGGCAAUGAACGAGGCCUUCACCGAGCAGUCUGGAGCCCGGCCUCGCUCAGGGAACAUCUCCAAGGUGGCCAUCAUUGUGACGGACGGGAGACCUCAAGACCAGGUGGAGGAAGUCUCCGCUUCAGCGCGGGCCUCCGGCAUCGAGAUCUACGCCGUCGGGGUGGACCGUGCAGACAUGCGCUCGCUGCGGCUGAUGGCCAGCAUCCCUCUGGACGACCACGUGUUCUACGUGGAGACAUACGGCGUUAUUGAGAAGCUCACCUCCAAGUUCAGGGAGACCCUGUGCGGUCUGGACUCCUGCGCCACGGGACACGAGUGCGAACACGUUUGUGUCAACAGCAACGUCUCCUAUUACUGCAAGUGUCGCGCCAGUUACAUCCUGAACGCUGACAUGAAAACAUGUUCCCUGAAACAGGUGAAGGUGGAGGUGGUGGCGGUGGAUCCCUGUAAGUGCGAGUCCAGACUGGCCUUCCAGAAGCAGACGCAGGCGGCCAUCCAGCAGCUCACAGCCAAGCUGGCGGAUGUGUCUGGGAGAAUAGAGCGUCUGGAGAACGCGGUGGGCCGUGCAUGA